AUGUCCGCCAGACCCCGCCGCCAGACCCCGCUGCCAGGUGAGGACGGGCCGCGGCCGCCGCCCGACACCCCCGAUGUCCGCCAGACCCCGCCGCCAGACCGGCCGUCCUCGGAGGAGGAGGAGGAGGAGGAGGUCGACACUCACCCGCCCGCUGCCACCCCCGCCCACCGCACCGCGCUGCACCUGGCCGGCGUGACGCAAGACGAGUCCAGCUCGGACAUGCCGGCCGCCCUGAAGGACGCCUCUCCGCUACGGGAGAUCAUCGAGGCCAUGGACGUGGCGUUCCGCGGCCUCAAGACGUCGCUCAGUGACCUGAGCCGGCCCGAGGCGGUCGGGGAGCCGGCGACGCACGGCGCCCGCGGCUCCGGCUCCGGCCGCGGCUCCGGCUCCGGCUCCGGCUCCGGCUCCGGCCGCGGUUCCGGCCGCGGCUCCGGCUCCGGCUCGUUGCUCCGGCAGCACUCCCGGCUCAGCUUCAAGGGCCGUCCGCGUGUCCUGCAAGGACCUGGGCCAGGGCGACUGCCAGGGCUGGCUCUACCUGAAGAAGGAGGGCCGCGGCUUCCUGCACCACGACAAGUGGGCCAAACGCUGGCUGGUGCUGCACGGCCACGUGCUGUACGGCUACAAGACAAGGAGGCGCAGGAGGCAGAGACGCUGAUCGCCCUGCCCGGCUACCAGGUGUCGCCGGCCACUGACGUCCGCUCCAAGAAACACGCCUUCAGGGUCCACAACAGAGAGCGCUCCCUGGUGUUCGCGUCCGACUCUCAGCUGGACAUGACCAAGUGGAUGAACAAGAUGGGCCUGUCGGCUAUCGCUUACGACUCUGCCAAGGCGUUCACCACGGGCGGCUUCUGCCGACCGGAGCCGGACGGCGCCUCCCUCGACAACAUGUACUACAGCGACACGGACGAGGAGGACAGCAAGAAGGGCACGCCACUCAAACGGCCGCCGCGCGUGUCUGGCGGUGCUCCGGUGACGCCGUCGCCGACGUCGUCGCUGGACCGGGCGCCUCCCUGA